AUGCGUCUUGCCCCGCAGCCAAGCGCGCAACCCCUGCGGCUCAUAGUUGUGCUUCUCCUCGCCACGGGGGUGAUCGCGUCCCCGGUGAUCUCUGCCGGCUGCCCGGACAGGUGCGUGUGUGACGACCAGCUGGUGGUUCAGUGCGCCGGGCAACAUCUGACCACGUUCCCGGUCAACUUGCCGCUGGGCACGCGGCAGCUCAUCAUCUCCAACAACCGCAUCGUGGAGCUGCCGCCGCUGACGCUCAACUACCUCUCGGAUCUGGUGUACCUGGACUGCAGCAACAACUCGUUGACCGAGAUAUCAGAGUCCACGUUUGGGAAUCUACGCAAGCUGGCCUACCUGGACCUCUCCUUCAACACCCUGACCCGAAUCGAGGACCGGACGUUCGGCCCCUUGGCGAGUCUGGUGAUGCUGAGGAUGACGGACAACCCGGGGCUGUCGGAGAUCCACCCGGACACCUUUGUGGAGAACGCAGCGCUCCAGGUUCUUGAUGUGAGCAGGAACAAUCUGACGGUGCUCAACAUCACCUCCCUGAUCUCUCUGACCUCCCUGCGCUCCGUGGGACUCAGCGGGAAUCCUUGGAGCUGCGAGUGCGACAACGAGGACCUGUGCCUGUGGGUCCACCUGGAGGGCUUCAAGUUCCAAGAUGAGGGCCAGACCGUGUGCGGCUCACCUGCUGACAUGCAGGGCCGUCGACUGGGUGAGGUGGGCAUCCAGCUGCGGACGUUAUGUCACCAGUCUCUGGGCUCCUGGGACUACCUUUUCUUUAUCGCCAUCGGCUUCGUCAUCUUUGCUGCUGGCACCGUGUCGGCCUGGGUGAUGGGCGCCAUAAUGGUGCUCUAUGAGCGCUACAUCAAGAAAAAAGAUGAACAGCUGGAAGUGGACGAGGAGGAGGAAGAAACCAGCGAGAUGGGCCGCACCUCACGAGCCAGGAGUGACCAUGGCAACGGGAAUUUAAAAACCUCACACAAUGUUUAAAGGAUGAUGCCAUGGAUUCCCACAGUGCCUCCAGUCAACUUCCAGGACAAUCUACGAAGUCCAAUUAAAGUCCAGAGUCUGUUUAACAGGCUCCGCUCUGAGAGAGAAGAGAGAGGACUCGUCAGAUACAGGGAAUGUCAUUCUACUCAUCUGUAGUGGGCUUUCAGGUGAUGUAACACACUCUGGCUGCCAUAGUGGAGGUCUGUGAAACAUUUGAGUGGGAAAUGUUCAUCCCUACAGAACAAAUCAGGAAAGGUGGUUAUUAUUGCUCUGAAAUA